GGGUGCUGAACUGGAGGAUCCUGAGUCCCUGGUGAGGAGCCAACCCACCAUGGUGACACUAGUGGUAGGUGCCGAGUGCUAUGACAUAAUGGCCAUGGUGGGGAAGGGGACCUUUGGACAGGUGAUGCAGGGGCAGUGCAGGAGCACUGGGGAGAUGGUGGCCAUCAAGAUCCUGAAGAACUGUGAUCACGAUGGCCAAAUAGUGAAGAAUGAACUGAGGCUGCUGCAGGCCUUGAGGGAGGGGGACACAAAGGACUCUCACAUCAUCCAUUUCCUCGAGUCCUUCAGUGACACGGUCUGGACCUACCUGGUCUUCGAGCUGCUGCAGCAAAACCUCUUUGACUUCCAAAAGCAGAGCAACUUCUCACCGCUGCCGGUGCGCCACAUCCGCACCAUCGCAGCGCAGGUGCUGCUGGCCCUGCUGAAGCUGAAGGAGCUCUCCAUCAUCCACGCUGACCUUAAGCCAGAGAACAUCAUGCUGGUGGACCAUGCCCGCUAUCCAUUCCGCAUCAAGCUCGUUGACUUCGGCUCGGCCAUCCUCCUCCCUGAGGUGUGCCAUGUGCAGGAGCCCUACAUCCAAACCCGCUUCUACCGGGCACCGGAGAUCUUGCUGGGGCUGCCCUUCUGUGAGAAGGUGGACAUCUGGUCUUUGGGAUGUGUGAUGGCCGAGCUCCACUUGGGUUGGCCCCUCUACCCUGGCAAUGAUGAGUAUGACCAGAUAUGCUACAUCUGCUCCACCUUGGGGCUACCCCGGGCUGAGCUGCUCUACGCUGCUCAGAAGACACGGUCCUUCUUCCAACGUGUGCCAUGUUCCAGCGGUACCUGGCAGCUCAAACCACCCAGGAAGGUGAUGGCAAAGCCCAUGGAGAGGAGGGAGCAUAUCUUUUCCUCACUGGAUCAGCUGGCGGUGGUGAAUGUCUGCCCGACGGCUGAUCCUGACCAGGAGGAGCUGGCCAAGCGCUGUGAUCUGUACAGGAUGGUGGAGCUGCUCAAGAGGAUGCUCACCUGGGACUCUCAUGAGCGAAUCACACCCAGUGCUGCCCUUCACCAUCCCUUCAUCUCCAUGCAGGAGGUGAAGACCAGAUUCGAGGCCACCCGGUACUACCAGCUCAGUCAGGAAGACCUGAGGGUAUCCUGUAAGGAUUCCAGCAUAGCCAAGAUCUUCCCCAGCACAGAGAAAGGUGCCUUCAUCCCUGCCAGUCAGGGGGGGAUCCAGAAGGCCACUGCCCAGAUGGAUGGGCUCAGCCUGGCUGAGCCAGCUGGGGACACUAGUGACAAGUGUCAGCAGGACCUCUGCCAAGCCUCCAGCCCCACCCACUGUGGAAGUCAGUACUGUCAGCACCACUGGUGUCCCCAGAUGGAGCCCACCAAGGGUCACUUGACCGUGCUGGGGUCUCCCAGCAGAAUGAAACGGUACAGCCACUGGUAUGGCAGCCCAGUCCUUGGUGGCAUCAUGAAACAGAACCUGCCUGGAAGAUGCUACAGCUCAUCCUGUGCCAAGACAGCUCUGGUGAUGUGGCGCAACCCCAAGCCCCCAGGGAUUUGGAGAAUGGGCUUCAGAGGCUGGGCUGGGACCCCCCUGCAGUGCUCAGAACGCUUCUACCACAGAGCCAGUGGCACUCCCAGCACCACUGAGACCCCACAGCAACCCUUGCAUUCGCUCCAGCAGCCCAGAGCUUGCAAGAGACCUUCUUCUUCCUCACCCUCAAGCACCCCAACAGCCAAAACCCAGCGCCUUGCUGGUGGAGACAACAGCCAGGGCUGCAACAGAACAUACUGUGCCAGAUGCUACCGGCUCUGUUUCUCACAUUGAU